AUGUCGACUGCCACCUCGGCAUCGACGGCUGUGCUGUCCCCGAUAUCGACUCACAUAGAUGUCGACCGCCUGAUGCUGAAACAGUCAUCUGAGCACUCCACCUCUUCAGACGCUUCCUCCCAGUCAGGGAACGAAAACCCCGAUCCUCUGGUGGAACCCUCUCCACCUCAACAAGUGGGCGAUGAUCUCCCAAUCUCCCCUUCGGAAGACUUAAAAUCCUACGGAGAUUUCAUCAAGCGGAUGGCUAACACGCUCACUCUGUCUAUGGCACAUGUACCUGUUCCCACCAAUUCCUCUACUUACCAGAGUGCUAAGCAUGAGCAUGAAGGAACAAUCUCAAUGCAUCCUCGUGGCACCAUGGUGGCCACAGCUGAAAAGGAGUGGGGAGACGGAAUCCGGGGGCUGUCCUUGAACGCUGCUCGCUACGCUUUGCUUCGGGUUGAGCAGGGCCCUCCUCACACCAAAAACUGGAGGCCUCAAGUCUUGGUUUUGCUGAAUUUGGAUUCAGAACAGUUGGUCAAGCAUCCGCGGCUGCUUUCUUUCACCUCUCAAUUGAAAGCUGGGAAAGGAUUGACCAUCGUGGGAUCUGUGCUUCCAGGAGUAUACUUGGAUAAAUACACGGAAGCUCAGAAGGCUGAGGAAAACAUUAGAUCCUUAAUGGGAGCAGAGCGAACCAAAGGAUUUUGCCAGAUUGUGGUGUCAUCCACUGUCAGAGAUGGAAUUUCCCAUUUGAUACAGUCAGCUGGCCUUGGAGGGAUGAAGCAUAACACAGUCUUGAUGGCAUGGCCCCAGUCCUGGAAGCAGACCGAUAAUCCCUUCUCUUGGAAGAAUUUCGUUGACACUGUACGAGAAACUACAGCUGCCCAGCAAGCCCUUCUGGUCGCCAAAAACAUCGAUUUGUUUCCAGCAAACCAGGAGCGUUUUAGUGAGGGCCACAUAGACGUGUGGUGGAUCGUUCAUGACGGCGGUAUGCUCAUGUUGCUUCCUUUCCUACUGCGACAUCACAAGGUAUGGAGAAAAUGUAAAAUGCGCAUUUUCACUGUAGCUCAAAUGGACGACAAUAGUAUUCAGAUGAAAAAGGAUCUUCAGAUGUUUUUGUACCAUCUCCGACUUAAUGCUGAGGUGGAGGUUGUUGAAAUGUUUGAAAAUGAUAUUUCAGCCUUUACGUAUGAGAAGACUCUUGUGAUGGAACAGAGGUCUCAGAUGCUCAAGCAGAUGCAGCUCUCUAAGAAUGAAAGAGAAAGAGAGAUUCAGAGCAUCACGGACGGGUCCCGUGGCUCAAUCAGAAGAAAGAGCCGCUGUAGCCCACACUGUAUUGGCCAAGAUGUAGACAGUCUGCUACCUAAUGACACUCAGGAGGAAGAGGCUCAGUUGAUCCACGACAGAAACACUGCAUCCCACUCAACGGGGAUGGUUAAAUCUCUCACAGCUGUCGCCACACCAGAAAAAGUACAGAUGACAUGGACAAAAGAAAAGUUUAUAUCUGAGAAGCAUAAAAAUAAGGAAACAUGUAUGGCAGGCUACAAGGACAUCUUCAGUAUGAAACCAGAAUGGGGAAAUCUGAAUCACUCCAACGUGAGGAGGAUGCACACGGCUGUCAGGCUGAAUGGCGUCGUGCUCAACAAAUCACAACACGCCCAGCUGGUGCUGCUGAACAUGCCGGGGCCUCCGAAGAGCAGGCAGGGGGAUGAAAACUGUAUCCUUCUUUCAGGGGCAGACUCCUUGCUUCUCGUAGUGGAAUUGAUACCAACGGAGAGGAAGAGUGCCAAGACGGCCCUACCUUAA